GUUCAUAUUGUUCUUAUCUGUGUUGCUUGUGAUUUCGUUUCUUUGAGUGGUUUGUGAAAUUAAAUGUGGAUUUUGGAUAUUCUUGUUCCGUUUUGAUUUUGUUUUGUUCUGUAUGGCUGGGAAGGCGGGGGAAAUGAAUGUAACGGAAGCGAAAUCGGGGAACCAAUGUACAUACGAUGAGUUUUCUCAAGGAUGAUGGAUUCAAUGCCAGAGGAAAUCAAUGAUGGAACUGUAUUUUCAAAAUUUUCUUCUCGUUUAGAGAUUGAAAAGUGAAAAGGAUGACCGUGCAAUUCUUCAUAAAGAUGAGGAGCAUAGGAAGAAUCAAUUCACGGAUGCAAUGAUCCUGAUCUUCAAUGGAUUGUCCAAACUCUUAACUUUUUAUAAAGUUCGUGCCUAUUAUGCAUUUUCAGUGGUGAAUUGAAAGAUUAAAUUAAUAGUUUGUUGAAAAAUGGCUAUUGCUGGUCUACAUAAUGUCUCUGUUCAUGAUUCUUCAUUUAUUCGAGAAUCUCAAUCUCAAGCAUCAAGGCAGUUAGAAAAUGAAAGUAGAGUAAGCACCCGGGCAUCCUCUCUUCUACGUAUAUGGCGAGGACUUGAGGAUGAGCAAGUGGUGAGAGGCACACAGGAGAGUGUUAGUGAAGGAUCUACUGAUCUCUCAAGAAUAAAUGCACCUGAAGGGCAAAGUACUGUACGGGGGGAUGAUUCUGAGAAUAUGGGGAUGAAUAUUAAUGAGAAUGAUAUUGACACUUGGUCUGACGUACAAACUGCUUCACAAAAUGAUGAUGAGGAUUCUGGUGAAUUUGGGGUUGUUGAGAGGGAAAGGGUUAGGCAAAUUUUUAGAGAAUGGAUGAAUAGUGGUGUGGGGGAACAUACACCUAACGUUUCCCAAAUGAACAACAGCUCAAGGGCAGAGUGGCUUGGUGAAACAGAGCAGGAGAGGGUGCGAAUGAUAAGGGAGUGGGUGCAAAAGAAUAGCCAGCAGAGAGGUACUCAUGGUGGAAAUGGGGAAGUCCAAACUGCUGACAUUGGUACUCAGGUUGCACAAAUUUGUGAUGGAUUGGUUGGAAGCCAGAAUGAAGGCCGGAUCCAGCAUGCUCGGAGGGGUAUUCGCAGGCUAUGUGGCAGACAAGCUCUCCUUGAUAUGGUCAAGAAGGCUGAGAUAGAAAGACAGAGGGAAAUUCAACUAUUGUCUGAACAACAAGCCGUAUCAGGCUUUGUUCAUCGCAACCGCAUUCAGUCAUUACUCAAAAGUAGAUUUUUGCGAAACAACAGACUGACUGCAAAUUCUAGAUCUGUAUCUGUUGCAGAAUCCGAGUUAGGCCUUUUAAGGCAAAGACACACAGUCUCUGGUUUGAGGGAAGGAUUCUUCUCCAGAUUGGAUAAUUCUGUGCAAGAUCAAGCAAGUAGCCGCCAUUCUGACUCCACUUCUAACGCUGAUGAUGGUGAUUCUCUAACUGACAUGAAUAGUACAAGGAGUUUUGAGGUCCUAGAUGAUCUUCGCGUAAAUUCUGGGCGCAAUAAUGUGGAAAGUCAUGACGAACCCUCUUUCAACACUGGUCUAACUGAAGUUAGAUCUGAUUUAGAAGGAAGUACCCCUGAAGGCAGGGAAGACUCUGUUCAUAUGGUAGAAAGUUUACAAGAACAAGCUGCCGAGAAUGGUUUAGCCAGCCAAAUGGCAGGUAUCAACUCUACGGAAAUGACAGAUGAUUCAGGACAAGAUGUGAGAAGCAUUUUGCAGGAAACUGCCCCAAAUCUUUUAUACCAUGAAAUUCCAGAAAUCGAUGCUGAGAAUCAUACUAGUGUACAGGAUGUUGAACCUUCCAUCCAACAAGUUAAUACUCGUGAUGAAAAUGUUGAUAUUGGAUUAGCAUUAGAUCAUUUGGGAAGGUUUCAAGACAAUGAUCUCGAAAAUGUAGAUCCGCAGGAAUCUCAUUCUCACGAGGAGCUGAAUGAAGAACUAGGUAUGAGAGUUGAGCCAAAUGAUCGGCAAGAAUCUGGUUUUCAACAUGAUGAAUGGGAAAAUAGCAUCGAAGAAGAGAUAAGUGAAACUCAGUUGGAAAGUAUUGCUACUAAUUGGUCUGGAGAAUUCUCGAGUACAACAUAUAGAGGAGAUACUCAUCUGCAAAGUGCCCCUGAAGCUUCCCAUGAAAAUGUUAUCUUUGUGGAGGAUGUGCCGAAUUGGUUAGAGGGCCUUCCUAAUCAGGAUGCUACAUCCACCCGAAGGUUGGAGACCUUUUAUUUUCCUGAAGAUGAUAAUGUGCAUAAUGUAGAAAUCAGAGAACUUUUAAACAGGAGAAGUGUUUCUACUCUUCUUAGCAGUGGUUUCCGAGAAAGUCUAGACCAGUUAAUACAUUCUUACAUAGAGAGGCAAGGUCACGGUACUAGGGAUAUAGACGAGACGUUGCCCCCUUACACAUCUGCAGAACAAGAACAAGAGCACAACAGACAGAGUGAAGGUCAAGCGGGUUCUGUUGAGAGCCAUUCGCUUGCUUUGCCUGUGCCACCUACAUUGCCCUCUCGGCAACUUUGGGAUCAUGAGUUGAGCAAUGGGAGUUGGCCACGACGUGAUUUCCAUCAACAAUUUGGAGCUGAUUGGGAGAUCGUUAACGAUUUGAGGAUUGACAUGUCGAGACUGCAACAGAGGAUGAGCAACCUACAGAGAAUGUUGGAGACAUGCAUGGAUAUGCAACUCGAGCUGCAGCGCUCAAUAAAGCAAGAAGUUUCUUCUGCAUUGAACCGAACAGCUGGUUCAGAAGAGAUGUUUGAAGAUAGUUUGCCUGAUGAUGAACCCAAAUGGGAUCGAGUAAGGAAGGGAAUUUGUUGUAUAUGUUGCAAUAACCAUAUUGAUGCUUUGUUGUACAGAUGUGGGCACAUGUGCACAUGUUCAAAAUGUGCUAACGUGUUGGUCAAGGCUCGAGGAAAGUGUCCAAUGUGUUGUGCGCCCAUACUAGAAGUAAUUCGGGCUUACUCCCUAUGAUGACUUAGAUGACAAUAAAGAAAAAUGAGAUUACUACUGAUUCAUUCAUCUUCAUCCUCUUAUUUCGUCCAAGUGUUCGACUGAUUCUUCUCCUCCUGAUUUCAAUACACAUAUGACGUUUAUUUGUACGGUGAUGAACGAUUGAAAUAAUAAAUGUAAUCUCUGUUAUCGAUUAAU